CUCUCCACGCUCCUUCCCAGUCGCUGAGCCACAAAGGCUACUGUCGGCAUUCGGCAGUGGCACCUCGCUGCUUCAGCGUGAAGAUGGUAGGCAGUCUGUGUGCCCGUAAGUUGGCUCGGCGAUCACGGUCUGCGUUAAUAGCGGCACUAACUGUGCUACUAAUUCAGACACUUAUUGUAUGGAACUUCAGUAGCCUGGACACGGGGGAAGACAGGGAAGACGGUGGCAACGGCAGAGAGAAGCGAGACCGAAUCGGUAUCAACAAAGCCUACAGCGAGUAUCCGAAAAGCGGCUUCCAGCGAAGACAUCAUCAACCACCACUGGGAAAGGCAGCCGUUCGGCAUAAGCAGCAACCGGAUGGCUAUCACUCCCAUCGGCCGAAGGAGAAAGUCCGGGUGGACAGCAACAACGAGAACUCGGUGCCCAAAGACUUUGAGACCAUUGACAACAGUAACUUUGGGGCGGCGCGGGCGCAGACGCAGAGCCAGCGGCAUGCUGCAGGGGGCGCCGCGGGCACUGGUGGCGCUGGUGUGGGCGGCGGAGGUGCGGGCAGCAGCAAGCGCAAGCAGCUGCUCCUGGAGCGGGCACACGCCCAGCAGAACCUGGCCAAGGGCUCCAACGAGGUCAUCCAGUACGGCCAGAAGUACGAAGAGCGCACCUCCACGCCACGGGCGGGCAGGUCCGCGACACCAAUUGCAGGCCUAACCCCUGACACAUCGGCCACCCAGCCGCGACCGCCACCCCACCACAGCCGGGCGCGGCAGACCAGGCGCACGGUGGCGCCUUGGGCUGGGUCGAAUGGCGCUAACGACCAGCCACCCGCGCGGUGGCAGCAGGCAAGCGAGGCCAUCUCGGCCCUGUCGCGCGCCAAGACCAAAGAGUGCCGGCAGCAGAUCGCCGAGGUGUACUGCCGCCACAAGGAGGGAAAACUGAUGCCCGAGAAGGUCACUCGCUACUGCCCUAUAGAGGGCAAGGCCAACGUGAACGUGCAGUGGGAUGAGGACUCGGUGGAGAGCGCCCCAGCCGUGCCCGUUCGCAUCGCCUUCAUGCUGGUGGUCCACGGCCGCGCCACGCGCCAAGUCCAGCGCCUCUUCAAGGCCAUCUACCACACCUCGCACUUCUACUACAUCCACGUGGACAUGAGGUCCAACUACCUGCACAGAGAGAUGCUGGCGCUGGCCGCCCAGUACCCCAACGUGCGCGUGACCACCUGGCGCAUGUCCACCAUCUGGGGGGGCGCCAGCCUGCUCAGCAUGUACCUGCAGGCCAUGGCUGAUCUGCUGGCCAUGAAGGACUGGGCCUGGGACUUCUUCAUCAACCUCAGCGCUGCCGACUACCCCAUCAGGACCAAUGAUCAGCUGGUGGCCUUCCUGUCAAAGUACCGUGACAUGAACUUCAUCAAGUCCCAUGGAAGAGACAAUGCACGCUUCAUCAGGAAGCAGGGCCUGGACCGGCUGUUCUUCGAGUGUGACACCCACAUGUGGCGCCUGGGGGACCGGAAGAUUCCGGAAGGCGUCUCGGUGGACGGUGGCUCGGACUGGUUCCUGAUGAACCACGUGUUUGUGGACUACGUCAUCAACUCACAGGACGACCUGGUGACCAAUAUGAAGCGCUUCUACGCCUACACACUCCUACCUGCAGAGUCGUUCUUCCAUACGGUGCUGGAGAACAGCCCCCACUGUGAGAGCAUGGUGGACAACAACCUACGCAUCACCAACUGGAACCGCAAGCUGGGCUGUAAGUGCCAGUACAAGCACAUCGUGGACUGGUGCGGCUGCUCGCCCAACGACUUCAAGCCGUCCGACUUGCCGCGCUUCCAGCAAACGACACGGCCAACCUUCUUUGCCCGUAAGUUCGAGGCCAGCGUCAACCAGGAGAUCGUCAACCAGCUGGACGCCUUCCUGUUCGGUGGCUUCCCUCAGGGCACGCCGGGUCUGCGCGCCUACUGGGAGAACAUCUUCGACGAGCCAGACGGCGUGCGCAGCCUGACGGACACGCAGCUCACGCACUACCACGCCUUCGCCCGCAUGGGCCUCUCCCGAGCCGCCGGCUCCCUGCAGGGAGAGCCAAGCGACAACAGCUGCAGGUACUUUGCCAUGGGGAACCCAGUGUCCGUCCACUUGUACUUCCUGUCGGACGAGUUCCAGGGUUACUUGGUGCGGCACCACGCCACCAACCUGGCAACCAGCAAGCUGGAGACCCUGGAGACGUGGGUCAUGCCCCGAAAAUUCUUCAAGUUCUCCCACCCCCCCAACAGCUUCACUCGGCUCCAGCAUGCAGAGAUCGGGACAGAUUGGGACGCUAAGGAGCGCCUCUUCCGUAACUUCGGGAACCUGAUGGGUCCGUCGGAGGAGCCCGUGGGCAUGCAGCGCUGGGGCAAGGGUCCCAACGUCACGGCGACGGUCGUCUGGGUGGACCCCACCAACGUGAUCGCGGCUACCUACGACAUCCUGGUGGACGCGGGGUCGGAGUUCACGCACUACCGGCCGCCCCUCAACGCGCCGCUGCGGCCGGGCAUGUGGACGCUGCGCGUGCUGCACCACUGGAACCCCGUGGCCGAGACGCGCUUCCUCAUCACGCCCCUCACACACCACAGACACCAGCCCAUACGCAAAGAGGAUGCCCUGAAGCUGCACAACGGGCCAGCCAAGAACAGCUACAUGGAGCAGAGCUUCCACGGCCUCAACCCCAUCCUCAACAUCCCCGUGCACCUGGGUCAGGUGGAGGCGGCCGAGCAGCAUGCGGGGCUGACCGGCCCGGAGCUGGAGCGCUGGGUGGACGGCCUGGUAGCCGAGGUGUGGUCGGCCGUGGACGUCUGCAGCGCCGGACCCAGCCCCAGUGGCUGCCCUGUGCUUCAGGCCUGCCGCAACACCCCCUGGAGCUCCCUCAGUCCCGACCCCAAGUCCCGCGUGGGGCCCGCGGGGAGCGACGGGCGCAUCAGGUAGCAGCCGUGACUGGACAGGACGAGAUGGGGGGGCCUCCGGUUCCAGUUCCUACUGCUGUCGCUGCUUUCGCUGACGAUGUGUGUGUUUUGUCGGCGCUGUGGCUUCUUCACGGGAUGGCUUCUCUCUUCUGACAUGUUUUUGUUUUGUUUUGUUGUCGUUGCUGUUGUCGUUUUUUGUUUUUUAUUUAUUCAACUGUUCUUCUCGACCAUUGCUUGUGCAGAGUUUAUGCAGAGCAGCCCAUCUCCCUCUCCCCUCGCAGAACGCUGUUAAUGUUGACUAUAUAUGUUGACUAUAAGAGGGGCAAAAAGAAAACACACACACACACACACACACACACACACACACACACACACACACACACACACACACACACACACAUACACACACUUAUACAGCAGCCAGUUGUUCUUAUGAUGUAACUGCUGUUUGUCCAUGAGCUAAGUGCAUUCUGCUUUAGGCAGGCUGAAAGAAUGCUGUCGUCAGUUUUUUUAGUCCCUUUUUAAUUCCUUUUCUUUUUAAUUUAUUGUAGUUUGAUUACUAAAGAAACUGUGAUUUGCUGAGCGGGUCUGGGGCUGACUGAUGCAAGGUUUGGUGUGUAAUAGAUAAAAAGAGAGCUCUUACGUAAUAAUAAGCACAGGAAGGAGCGUUUCCACACUGGCCAAUGUGACCAAAAUCAAGCCCCCUGCACCAGAAAGCCUCUUAUCUAUCUAGAUAUGUUCAAGAGCAGAACACUGCGACCAGACAGCCUCUAUCUAGAUAUGUUCAAGAGCAGAACACUGCGACCAGACAGCCUCUAUCUAGAUAUGUUCAAGAGCAGAACACUGAGGCUGGAAAGCCUCUAUCUAGAUGUGUUCAAGAGCAGAACACUGCGAUUAGAAAGCCUCUAUCUAGAUAUGUUCAAGAGCAGCACACUGCGACUAGAAAGCCUCUAUCUAGAUAUGUUCAAGAGCAGCACACUGGGACUAGAAAGCCUCUAUCUAGAUAUGUUCAAGAGCAGCACACUGCGACUAGAAAGCCUCUAUCUAGAUAUGUUCAAGAGCAGCACACUGCGACUAGAAAGCCUCUAUCUAGAUGUGUUCAAGAGCAGAACACUGCGGCCAGUCGUAGGCUACAAUCCAGAGAAAGAGUUGAGCGGACGGAAGAGGCAUUGGUGCUGCACUGCUGUAGUUUAGCGCUGGUUUGCUGCAGUAGUGGCGGCAGCAGCAGCGCUCCCUGUUCGCCCUCAGGCUCCUCUCUCUUUCACGCUCCAAAUCGACGUGAGAUGAGCAGGGCGAGUGAAAGAAAGAAGAGGGGAAAGAUGUGGCGAGAGAGAGAGAGCGAGAGAGAGAGAGAGCGAAAGAGAGAGAGAGCGAAAGAGAGAGAGAGCGAGAGAGAGCUUCCGUUUGCUUGUUUUUAGCGACGCAGCGGGUGCCGCACAGAAGCAAAGCAGGAGAUCCUGCGGAGUAGGAGGCGUCCAGACGCAAGCACCGUGGUGGUGUGCGAUGUGCUGCCGGCGACGUCACAGGCACCAAGCACAGAAGCGGCCGCCCCUUUCCUCUCCUCUCCUCUCCUUUCCUCUCCCAUCUCUCCUCACUUCUCCUCUCUCCUCUCCUCUCUUCUCCGUUGUCUGCCGCUGGUCUGCGUUGGCUGCCUGGAACUUAAAAUGCUGCGUGUCAGCUGUGCUGGCACUCCUGAAGGGAAGACAUUUCAAGUUUUGUUCUUUGACAACUAGUAUUCUAUUCUAUUUUAUUUUAUAUUAUUUCUUGCCUUUUUGGAUAUCCCUUAAGCAGAAGUAUGAGUGUGUAGGAGUGAGAAUAGUGUGUUGGCUAUUUAUUCAUGUGUUUAUAUAAAUGAAAUAGCUACUUUUUUAGUCAAUGACUAAUGUCUAUAUGCUGUUUUUGCAGCUCGUUCAAUACCUUUUGUAACCAAUCUGCCUUUAUUUAAAAAGGCCCUCACCCCUUCCAACCUUGUAACUAUGAUAAAACACACCUCGAUCUCGUGGCGCACCGUAACUCCUUCACUAGUGUUGUGUUUUUGUACACUGGUUGGCAUUCUUCUCAAGCACAUUUCAUAACCCUGUUUGAAGAGCCAGUGGGGGGGCCAACCGUUUGAUCUUUUUAAGACCAGCCGCUUAACGUGUCUGGUUGCGUUGCCUGUCAUUGCCGACUGAGUCUGUGUGUGUGUGUAUGUGUGUGUGUGUGUGAGUGAGCACCUAUAAUUCCCCUGGCCUGGUGGCUACCGUAGUCUCUAUUCUCUGCUAGAAAAUUGGUACGGAAAAUCAGCUGGGCUAGUCGUUUUGCACAUAUACAGUUUGUUCUUUUCCGUGUCGGUGAGUUGAGCUGGAACAGAACGGUGCAGAACGGGCCUAUACUCCCUAUUUCACUCCCUCCUCUCGGAGAGUUGCACAGCAUCGUAGGCUAGCCCUUGACAAGAGAAACGUAGAAGGACAGCCCGAAAUACCCAGGAUUACUAACGCCCUAGAAUAAUGACAGGCCCUUCUGUAAGUUUCCGUCUAUUCAGCUUUUAUUUUUAGCAGGGGAGAUUUCAAGCUUGCUUGGACUCUUUUAAAAUUCUAUUUGGCAAGGCUACCGUUACCCCAAUUCCUAAAAGUGGAGGCAGGCGUGGGGGAGGGGUGGAGUGUACAAAAGCGAUACGUUUGCACAUUUAGCUUUUCGGCUCAGUCUGUUCAUUAGGGUGUGGUCUGUAGGCCGGUUCAUCUGACCUCUUUGGCCCCUGAGGUCCUUUCUUCGUGGCACAGACCUCGUUCUCUUUUUCCUCUCAGAUUGGUAAUUCCUCUGCCUCUCCACCACCCCCAGUCGUUUUUUUUGUUCGUUUUUCGAUGCCACAUUUUGAGUAAGGUGUCGGCGUUGACAUGUGAUCCAAUGGAGGGCAACCACCUCCAGUGAAAAAACAAGAAAACAUUUGUCGUGUCAGAUGUGUGAGUUACUCUCCGUGGGGUGCCUGGCAGUGAAGACUUGAGAUAUGACUCUUUUUACAGAUUGAAAAAAAAAACAUACACAGGAACUUUGGAUCCCUUCUAUGCUUGUCUGAGUAGUGUUCAUCGGUACUGUAUUAUUGUGUGGAAAAAAAAGGUGAAAAAUAUUUGAUGGAAAAACAACAAACAAGACAUUGAAGAAAAAAAUAUAAAGAUUAAUGAAGAUAAAACAGUGACUAUUCAUCUCAUCUGCUUUGGGUUUAAGGCCUCUACCAUACGCCAGGGUCCUGGAGGUCGCUGGUUUAAUGAUCUUUGUCAUUGAGGUUCGGCUCUACAGCAGACAAUGUCAGUCCAGCACACACACACACACAUAUACACAACUAACUGACCAGCUGUGCAUAUGUACACACACACACAGCCAACUCUGGACCAGAUAAAGUCCACCACAACUUACCUCUUUGAAAGAACACACGCAUACACACCAACACACACAAACACACAAGUAGACCGUUUUUUUGCGUGCGUGCUCACGGUUUCAAUGAGUGAACAAAUGCUCAAACAUCUUAUGUACUAUAGCUAUUUUGUUAGGAAUGAUAAAUGUAAGACAUAUUUUGUAAUGGACAGAUGUUUUUUUAAAAAAGAAAGAAAAAAGUAUUGUAAAUAACCUUAAGUUAAAAUGUCAAAAGUGUCCAAAUAUGAAUCUAGAGUCAGUCUUAGUAUUUGGCACUGAAGAUUGUAGAUAUCUUAACUGAAAUACUUGGAGGGGCAGUGAGAAAGCAUUGUCAGAAUUGGAUGUGAUAUUUUAUUAUUUUAUUAUUAUUAUUUUUCCUUUUUAAAGAGCUCUUAAUGAUCAUUGGCCUUUCGGAGAAUUUCAUGCCAGGUUGUUGUUCUCUGUGCUGGAAUGUUUUGUUGAGCAACUGUUGCACAAUAUUCUCUGAAUCCCCUCCUUCUCAUACAUACACACACACACACACACACACACACACACACACAUGAGGACACACAAACACACACACACACAUAUGGACGGACACACACAAAUGCACACACACAUAUACACACAUACAAGCACACAAACAAACACACACACACACACACACACACACAGUCUCUCCCCCAGCCCAGGGUGGGGUAUUUCUGUGCCUUAGCUGUCGUCCUGUCUAAGGAACUCCAGAUUCUCCUUCUGUGAACGUCGAACAAGCAUGUUUUAUUUGUUUAUUUGGUUUAUUUGUUUAUUUUGUUUUAUUUUAUUGAUUUUGUUUUGUUCUGAGAACAUUUUUAUUUUUCUCUCCUUCCCCAUUUCUUUACCUUCUCUCCUGUUCUUUCUUUCUUUCCACGAACCAAAAAUGAAACAAGAACAAUCUCUGCUGUUGUAAAUGCCUUCUGUAUCACUGCUUCGUUGGGUUUAUCUCAUGUUUCUUUUUCAAACUGAAUUUUCAAAUAAAAGAAAAAAACUUGAAGGAA